UUUUUCUCACCCGUCAUUACCAUUACCAGUUAUCGCGAAGAAACGCGAGUGAUUCGGGAGAAAAUAAUUCACGGGAUUAAUUGGGAUUAAUUCAGAUUGACAGCUAAGGUGUUGGCUGGAGUGUCGAGCCAUUCUCUGGUCCAUCAUGCCGGAUAUUUCUGCCAUUGCGCAUUUUCCGUUGAAGGUCAUAUUCGCCAUUCAUUUAGUCUUAACGUCAUGGGGUCUGCAGGGACACUGGUGUCCACAAUCCGCAUUAUUCUACAAUCUUCUGUUUUUUGUCUGUUUAAUGUGGGCAGUGCACAAUAUAGAGUCGGAUGAACCACUCCAAUUUGCACUAUGCGUCAACGUUCUCUCGAUAUUUCUCGAUGUAGUCACCCUGUCGAUGUACUUUCCUCAAAACUGGGCAUCUGAAAAAUUCAGUGGAGCUGUUAUGAUCAUAAAUCUACUCGUCAGAAUAGUUACGACUAUUUCUUUACUGAGGAUUGGACAGGCCAGAGGUGGAACACUAGCUGCAAUGUUUCCUCCGGGGCCUGGUAUGGAGUAUGCGAGACAGCAGUACGAGGAUAUUUCAUAUCCAGUCCCUCAAAAUGCUGAUUUUUCGGGGAUUUGAAGGGCCUGGAAGCAAGAAAAAAACAUCGAAUGCGGGUCUUGUCAUUUUAUUGUUGAAAAUUAAAUUAUCAAAGAUUGAUCAAUCAGAGAAUUAAUAUAAAUGUACUUUCUAAGCGGUAUUAACGUUACUCGAUUAAUUUAGUAUUUAAAAGUUUGAAGAAAAAUACUGAGACGUUUAUCUAACACAUCGCACGAAAUUUCAAUAAACCAAUGGAUUAGACUUGAAAAUGAAAAAUCACAGUGAGGACCUGUUGAUGCCCUCCAACAUGGGCCGAAGACACCAAUGAUAUUUUUUUACCUCGAACAAAUUGUAACUCAGUCAGUAGAACUUAAUUAACGUACUGAAUAAUUAAUUACCCCCCUCACUCAUGACGCUACAUUUAAUUUAUCGAACGUUUGUAUGUUUAUGCAUGGAAUAAAUGAAUAAAUUGUUUUACCACUUGAA